AUGGCAUGGAAAUUAGAAGGAUGUGCUAUUUUUUUGGUAAUAUUCAUGAUGUUGUUUGCCAUCCAAAUAAGUAAUGCAUCAACAACUUAUAAUGUUGGAGAUAGUAAUGGUUGGACAUUUGGUGUUAGCAAUUGGCCUAAUGGCAAGAAUUUCAAAGUUGGUGAUGUGCUUGUAUUCAAUUAUCCUAGAGAAAUUCACAAUGUGGUUAUAGUGAACAAGGUGGAUUACAAUAAUUGUAACCCUUUAGGAAAAAUGUUUAAUUCAGGGAAAGAUGUGAUAACUCUUAAAAAGGGCACAACCUAUUUUAUUUGUGGUGUUCCUGGUCAUUGUGAUGGUGCCCAAAAAAUUGCAAUUACUGAUACUCCGCAAAAUCUAAAUUACGCGAAGUCUUCACUUUCAAUGCUGCACUCGGGUCAGAUUCUCCAAAAUACACUAUUUGGAGAAUCCGACACACACCCGUUAAGGCCAAAUUACUUCUCUCUAAUUUGCAUUCUUCAAGCCCAGAGAAGAAUACAGAACUGGGCCAAGCAAAUAACUAAGAAAUACCCAUUGGGCCUAGAAAAGGGAAGCCAAGAACUGGGCCUUAACCUCACCUCCUUCAUUGAAGUCUAA